AUGUGGGUCGGAUCUAGCCAAUUGCCAGGAGCCCGGCCCGGCCCGGCCUCAACACUCCAGGAAUCAGUUCUGAUUUCAGAAUUCAACUGCAUGAAUGUUGUAUGGGCUCUCUCCAGCGUCGGACGGUCUGUCAAUUUCUCAAUAGUGCCAUUUCGCAUCCUUCCGGCAGGUCGAGUCCAUCGCUUGGUGGACAUGGAAGCGAAUACCAGAGAAUCUUCUCGGCUGAGCCACAAGCGUAACCUAUCCAAUACAUCUCAAGACGAUUGUGACCAUGUUUCAAAGAAGACUGCCCCUAUAUUUCAAAACUUGAAGACCGGUCUGAAACUGAAAUGGUUGGAGCCCAUUGCGGAUACUUGUUUGCAUGGCAUCUGCGGUGAUCCGAGUCCGAGCACAAAGAUUGCUGCUUUCGAUAUUGAUGGAACAUUGAUUAAAGUUAAGUCUGGCAAGAAAUUCCCGGCGAAUGCAGAUGAUUGGAAACUGUGGGCGAGCAAUGUGCCGAAGAAGCUCCAAGAGGCCCACGCAGAUGGAUUUGCGAUUGUCCUGCUGAGCAACCAGAACUUCAAAGCGCCGAAAUACCGCAAGGACUUCGAAUCGAAAUUGAUCCAGCUUGCUAGAACGCUUAGUGUUCCCCUGCGGGUCUUCGCCGCCCGUGAAAAAGACAAGUUUCGCAAGCCAUUAACCGGGAUGUGGGAGGAGUUUGUCGCACAUUGGAAUGGUGGGAUCAAACCGAACCUUGAGAAUUCAUUCUUUGUUGGCGAUGCCGCUGGUCGUCCAGCGACAAACUCAUCUCCAAAGGACUGGAACGAUACCGACCGUAAAUUGGCAUUGAACAUUGGUGUCCCAUUCUUCACACCAGAAGAAUGGUUUGGCGGCGAACCAAAACGGAUGGAUUUCGUUCUUAGCGGGUUUGAUCCGCUCAAGUUUGACCAUGAUCAACCAAUAUGGCAUCCAUCCACCACUCCGUUGGCGCUAGGUCCCCUUUUAGAAGAUGAUGUUACACCAAAGCAUUCACAUUGUGAAAUAGUUCUGUUUGUUGGCCCACCUGGCGUUGGCAAAACUACUUGCUUUCAGAGGUAUUUCAUGCCUCGUGGUUAUCGUCAUGUGAACCAAGAUACUCUCAAGAGCUUUGGCGGAUGCCUCAAAGCAACCAUUGAAUCCAUCAAUUCUGGACGAUCGUGCGUUGUUGACAACACCAAUCCAAGCAAGCAAACUCGCUCAAGCUACAUCUCAACCGCCCAAAAGUUGCGAUGUCCGAUUCGAUGUGUAUUCUUCACCGCGCCGGUUGAAUUGGCCCAGCAUAACAACGUCUAUCGCGCCUGCAUCCAAGCGUCCCGACCGUUGCUACCCACCUUGGCUUUCGCCAGCUAUUCCAAGAACCUCGAAGAGCCGUCGGUCGACGAAGGCUAUGAUGAACUCAAAAGAGUUCACUUUGUGUUCGAAGGCUCUGCGGAGGAACGCACAUCUUGGGAAAAGUAUUUAGUUUAA